CUGCCUACCAAUCAUCUCCACUCCCCUCCCCGCGACGCCGCCAUGUCGAAGUCUGGCCAGCAGUCGCAGCUGCCCAUAUCACUCAGACGUCCCUCGGAUGGCGCAGGCGAGGCACAGGAGGCAAGUCCUCGUAGGGCGUCUAGUACUUUGCCUGGUCUCAGCUCUACUGCUUCCUCGAUCCGGGCAGCCAGAAAGGGCGCCGGGGCAUCCUCUUCCAAGAGUCGCCUCGCCCAGCCCGGCUGGACUACCAUAGAGGAUGAGGGAGACUUCGAAGAAGGGCCAGGAGAUACGCAGAGACAGCUCGAUGAACUUCGGGGCGGUAUCUUGAUGCCUGGUAUGGGCGCCAGAGGGGCUCCCGCCAAGCCUCCCACAGGUGCCGCAAGUAGCGCUACCUCUGCCGUUCCGGAGGGAUCUGCUCCAGGUCAGAGCAGCGCCAAUGCAAGCAGCUCCGCCAGCAGAAAUAGGAUACCAACCACGCUCAAGAGCGCUCUCAAGAAGCCUGCCCCAUUGAUCCGCAGAGCAACUGGAAGUACGAAUGCCCCGCAAGCCGGAUCUGCCUCGGGAGGAGCUGGUCAGGCAGCAGCUGGCAGCGGAGGAGAUGCCGCUGCGCGAGCAAAAUCUGCCGCUGCUCAGAACCGCUUCAAAGGUACCCCUCCCCGAGCCAUCCGCUACUCACUGCCUGUGAGAACGGAGAAGCCCGUCCGAACCACCAAGAUAUCUGGCAAGCAUAUCGUAUUGCCUAGUGAGAGUCAGCUGGCUCCCCUACCCGGACAGGAAGAAGACGACGAUGACGAUGACGACGAUGACGACGAUGAAAGCAGUAGCUCUAGCGACGCCGAUGAAGCCGACGAUGAAGACCUCUCCCGGGCUAAUCUAGACGAGGAAGAAGCUGAAAGGCAGAAACAAUUGCGCAAAGACCAACGAGAAGCCGCUGCCAAAGCUCAGGAGGAGCGACGGCAAAGAAAAGCAGAUGAGAAGGCAGCCCGCAAGCCCGAUACGGCUGCUGGGCACGCCUCUCGAAAGACACCCACAGCAGGUGUGCCUGGUGGACUCUCGCCAGCAUUUACGAGGGGACCAGCCCACGCUAGGGCACCACCUCGCAUCCCGAAAGCGUCUGGACCCGCAUACCAUACUUUCGAGAGGCUGGCGCCCUCUUCUCGCGUGAGGACUCCUCUCCCUCGCCUUACAUCGUACGCUAUCGGGACGGACCUCCACAUUCCGACCCUCAACGGCUUCCUGCGUCGUGAGCACAGCGUACGUCCUCGCCUCUACGACGAAUGUGCUUACGUCGUCUAUUUCAAGCCUCUCUUGCCAGGUUUCGGUCGGGCCAACAUUCGAAGUAGCCCAGAGGCCAAAGUUGGUAGUCCAGGUGCAGAAAGCCGACGCGAGCGAGAGAUGGAAGAACGCGAAGAACGUGGUUACGUAGGGUCUUACUUUGCGCCCAGCAAGGACGACAAUGAGGAGUCGAUGGACCCGGAAGGAUACAUCCAGGGCUUUGAAGGCUCUGGCAGUGGAGAGGGAGAGCAGAGGAGGGGCGGCAGCAACAACAAUAAUCGGCAGGAGCAACGGCGUGAAAGGCAGGACUAUGGGGGAGAGACCACUGAAAACGAGACCGAGACCGAAGCUGAGCGCGGUGGCAGCCACGAUCUGGACUUAGUAUCCAGCCCCGAGGGAGCUAGUCACGUCAGGCCGGGGAACAUGACCAUUGAAGAUUCAGAGCCAGACGAGCUCGAUUCGAUGCCUACGCCUCGAGCUCUAAAGCCCCGCGACAACGAGGUUCCUGGGGAUGACAUUGACGCGCUGGAGCAGCUCGACGAUGUCAUUCGAGAAGAGAGUACCUCAAGUCCUAUAGAAGGUGAAGCACUUCCCGCUGAUGCGGCCGGAGCUCUCGAUAUGCUCACCUAUCAGCAAACCGAGAGUCCUUCUCAGAAGGGCCUUGACCCAACAAGUGAGACCGAUGAGGUGGCUCUGAAUGCACUGGAAGGCGGUGAUGAGGUCUCUAAGCCAGAUCGCAGGAAUUCCUCCCCGACACGCAUUGCCGACGGCGUAGGCCAUGCCUCCAGCGAUAGCGCACCCUAUCAAGUCUCGACUGAUGACCAGCCCCAGCCGUCUGCACCCCAGCAACGUCGACGUCGCAACAAGACAAAAUCCCGCAAAUACUCUGGCCCCAAUCAGUCUUCUCACAAUCACGACAUCACGCAGAACAUGCUUGCCCCUCGUAAUAUCCUCGAGGCUCUGCAGGUAGCUGAGCUGGUCAUUUUGCCGUAUGGCGUCAUCGUCUUCUACAACUUCACCGCCAGCGAGGAGCGCGACAUCAUUGACGAUGUCAUUUCCUCUGGCUGCGUACGAGGUCCUCUUCCUCAGGACGAUGUCGAACAGGAGGCCUUCCACUUUUGCUACGAUCCCACGGUUCCCGCCCCACGAAUCUUCAACGACUUUUUCACCUUCCGCGCACCCAAUCAUCUCCUUAAGCUUUCCCUUGCUCAUGCUAUCGCACAGAGUACCAAGCUGUCGGUGUUUGAAGAGUCGAUGCAGAAGACGCUCGAGCUCACUUCACACAUCCCCAAAGAGCUCGCCUCCUCUGGCGAACUCAAGCUCAAGCGAAGAGAAGCCCUGAGAUUGACGGGUAGAUUAUUCAAGCUGCGUGUGGAUGUGAACCUUACCUCGAAUGUGUUGGAUACUCCAGAACUCUUCUGGUCCGAAGCAACCCUCCAGGCUCUCUACGAUGCGAUUCGCGAGUAUCUCGAAAUCGACCAGAGGGUAGGCAAUCUCAACGAUCGACUCAAAGUCGCCAAUGAUUUGCUGGAGAUCAUUCAUGGACAUGUCGCCGAAGAGGCCAUGAGCAAGAUCACAGUGGUCAUCAUUGCGCUCAUCGUAGUGGCAUGCAUUGUGGCCUGCGGUGAAAUUUCAGCAAGGCUGAUCCUGCAUGCUCGCAGUCGCUCAAACGAGGAGCAAGUGAUGAUGGCAUACAUGGCCAAACUGGCCAUUGCUGGAGGUGAAGGAAGCAGUCGCUUCUUCGACAGCGCGGGACAACUCGCACUUGGUGCCUGAGGGCGUCACUCUGUUCAGCUCAUACUACUUGAACAUUCUUUACUUUGUACAAUUUGAUUCCUCUCCUCGAAUGUUACGCAUCUUUGUUCGUCCUCU